AUGGAGCUGUCGCCGUACGCGCAGGGCGGGUGGCGGCUGCUGGGCGACCCCCGCCGCUUCCCCCGCCGCCCCUUCGCCGCCCUCCUCCGCGCCGCCUUCCGCAGCCUCCUGGAUCACCCGCAGGCCGGGUUGGACGAUCCAGACCUGAAAGAUAUUGACCCUACGGUAUUAAAGCAUUGCCAUGCUGCGGCUGCAACGUGUAUUCUGGAGGCAGGGAAGCAGAAAGCUGACAUAUCUGCUAUAAGCACAUGCCUGGAAGACUGCAAACUGGAUAAAGAGAGAAUAGAACAAUUUUGCACCGAAUAUCAGAAAAACAAGGAUGCAUUGGAAAUCCUAUUGGGAAGCAUAGGCAGAUCUCCUCUGCAUAUAACUGAUGUGUCUUGGCGCUUGGAAUAUCAGAUCAAGAACAAUCAACUUCAUAAAACUUAUCAGCCUUCCUAUUUGGUGACCUUAAACGUAGAGAACAGUGAUUCAGGAUCACACCCAGAUGUUAGUUUUAGUUGUACGAUGGAGCAAUUACAGGAUUUAGUGGGAAAGCUAAAAGAUGCUGCAAAAAGUCUAGAACGAUUGGACCCCGGCGCGGGGGAGCAAGAAAGGAUUCGGUUUAAUCUUGCGGACCCGGGGCGCCUCACGAAAAGCCGGCAGGUUCCACGGAGCGGAGCCGGGUGGCGGCUCCGGCUCGACGGCGCGGCUGCUGCUAGCAUCUCCCGCUCGCCUCGGGCCGCGCCCGGCUCCGCCGUUCUCCGUGGGGCCGCUCGCUCCGCCGGCAGGUGCGGAGGGGCUCCGAGUCGCGGUCCAUCCGCACCUGCCGGCGAGGGAGAGCGGCCCCGCGGAGGAUGCGCGGCGGCGGCCGGUCUCUCGCCGCGGAGCAGGGCUUUUUCCUCUCCGCUCCUCCGCGCCCCAGCGGCGGGCGGCGUCUUAUCCUCGCCGGAGGCGAGCACCGCGAGGGUUUCCCCGGUUCUCUCCCUCCCGCUCCGGCGGCCGUCCGUCCCGCCCGCGGGGUGUGGGGACACCGCGGGUCCCCGCGCCACCGGCUCCUGCCGCCGCUCGGGGCGGAAAAGCUUCCGCGCGGCCCUCGAGGGGACGCGUCGCCUCGACGCCGGCGGCCCCGGGCGGGCGCGGCGGGGCGAGGGGCGCGCGGCAGCGCGCACGCGGUGGCGGAGGCGCGAGGCCGCGGAGCCCCCCGGGGGUCCCUACGCGGCGGGACGGGGCGGCCGGGGAGGGGAGCGCGCAACAAGAACGCGAGAGAGGCCGCGAGGCGGAGCGGGGGGCAGAGGGAGAGACAAUGGGCUGGUGGAGAGAGGACUCAUCCGGACCGGGGAGACUGUGCGCUCCCAGCGCCUGAGCCGCCCGGGCGGCCAACUCGGAGGGAGCGAGAGAGCGAGGGAGCGAGCGAGAAGGGCCCGCGAGGAGCGGAGGAGACCCGGGCGUUCUUUCAUUUCAAGAUGGCCGCUUGGCUCACAUUCAUUUUCUGCUGAACGACUUUUAACUUUCAUUGUCUUUUUUGGCCGCUCCGAUCAUCACCCACCGGCUCCGUUUUCCGGAGCCGCUCCUCGCCACGCCAAAAUGCACCGAACAACCAGAAUCAAAAUAACCGAGCUAAACCCCCAUCUCAUGUGCGUGCUCUGCGGUGGGUACUUCAUUGAUGCAACGACCAUCAUAGAGUGCCUCCACUCCUUCUGUAAGACCUGUAUCGUGCGUUACUUGGAGACCAGCAAGUAUUGUCCUAUCUGUGAUGUCCAAGUUCACAAAACUCGACCGCUUUUGAAUAUAAGGUCAGAUAAAACUCUCCAAGAUAUUGUAUACAAGCUAGUACCAGGCCUUUUCAAAAAUGAAAUGAAAAGAAGAAGGGAUUUUUAUGCUGCUCAUCCGUCGGCUGAUGCUGCCAAUGGCUCUAAUGAAGACAGGGGAGAAGUGGCUGAUGAAGACAAAAGAAUUAUAACAGACGACGAGAUAAUAAGCUUAUCCAUUGAAUUCUUUGACCAGAAUAGACUGGAGCGAAAAGGAAAUAAGGAGAAAGAAAAAUCAAAAGAAGAGGUGAAUGACAAAAGAUACUUGCGCUGCCCAGCAGCAAUGACAGUGAUGCAUCUAAGAAAGUUCUUGCGGAGUAAGAUGGAUAUACCUAACACUUUCCAGAUCGAUGUGAUGUAUGAAGAGGAGCCUCUGAAGGACUACUACACCCUAAUGGAUAUUGCCUACAUCUACACCUGGAGGCGGAAUGGGCCUCUGCCCUUGAAAUACCGCGUCCGACCUACUUGCAAGAGGAUGAAGAUCAGUCACCAGAGGGAAGGGUUGAACAACAGUGGGGAGCUGGAAAGUGACUCUGGGAGCGACAAGGCGAGCAGCCCAGCAGGAGGCAUCCCCUCCACCUCCUCCUGUUUGCCCAGCCCCAGCACACCAGUCCAGUCUCCUCACCCCCAGUUCCCCCACAUCUCCAGCACCAUGAAUGGCACCAGCAGCAGCCCCAGCAGUAACCACCAGUCCUCCUUUACCAACAGAGCUCGGAAAACAUCAAUAAAUGGCUCCUCAGCCACUUCAUCUGGUUGAUGUGCCAACCAGGCUACCACCCUUGCCCCUCCUUUAUAUAGAUCUCUCCAUGCCAUUACAGCUUUAUAGAUGCUAAUCCAUGUGACUAUCAUCCAAAUUGCUUUCUUUUGUAGUAACACUGAACUUGGCUAUAAAAGGCGGACUAGGUGACAUUCAGGAUGGACGUUAAUGGAAACGCAAGUUUGAAAUGUAAAUUGUUUUCAGAGGACUGGGAAGCAAACAAAAGUUACACCUUCACCUGUUAUGAAUGAUGUGGAGUUGUUUCUGUCCCCAUCAUCUGGAGCCAGGAGACUCCAGAAGUCAAUACAAAUCCUGGGAAGUAGUUUGUUAAUCCAGACUAACUCCUCCAUUGCGUUCUCUUUGAUUGUUAUUGUUCUUAUACUGUUUUGUGAACCUGUAGAAAGCAAGUGCUUUUCAUCUUGAAAUCCAACAAAAUUGAAAGAAUAUGCAUAGAAAAAUGCAUAUAUGUAGCCAUGUCACUGUGAAUAACAAUUUUUGCGUAUUAGCCAUUUUGAUUCUUAUGUUGCAUCUUUUACUUCUCUGUUGCUGCGCAGAACCGAUCAAAAGAAAAGUAAACUUCAGUUUUACAAUCUGUAUGCCUAAAAGCGGGUAUUACCGUUUUAUUUACUGACUUGUUUAAAUGAUUCGCUUUUGUAAGAAUCAGAUGGCAUUAUGCUUAUUGUACAAUGCCAUAUUGGUAUAUGACAUAACAGGAAACAGUAUUGUAUGAUAUAUUUAUAAAUACUAUAAAGAAAAUAUUGUGUUUCAUGCACUCAUGAUAUGGUUGUUAAAUUUCUAAACUGGUUCGACCCUUGCAGAUGCCGCCUGUUUGAGCUUUGCUCAUACUGCAAGAAACACGUUGUGUGUGAGAGCUACAGUAUUGGGAAAGCACAUUCAAAUCUCUGAUAACCUGGAGGCAAUUGGCAAUCUUAAAAGGAUUUUACUUGCUUUGUCUUUUUUUUUUUUUUUUCUUCCAAGUGGAAUAUUUUUACUUUACCAAAUGUUGAAGUGAUACAGUGAAAAAAAAAAAUAAAUCAAGGGACAUGGAAGUUUUA